AACAAACAGAAUUGAAUUCUAUUACAUUCCGGUGUGAAUGCGCGUCUAAGCCGAUUUUCAGAGCUUUCUUUUGGACUUUGAGCUGACUAAACUCUGCAGGAGCAACACCUCAGUCAGAACAGAACUCACCUGGUUCGGAUUAACUAUUCUCCUGAUGAUUUAUAAUUUCAAUUUAGGAAAAGACCAGAAAAUCCAACAGAUUUGACAACAAGAGGAGAAAACUUCCCUCAAUUUAUUUAGAAAAAUACACAAAUUCCCCAGAAUUUUACCCAUAUGAAUAAAGUCUUUGUAAACGGACUGUGUUCUUUCAUUGAAAUGUUCUCUGAUGGUUUCUCAUUAGUGUGACGGAAGUUCACGUUUUUUUAGAAAUCACACACAAUUUCUAUUGCUUCUAAAUAUAUUAACACAUAUUUGCUUUGUUUUUUGUUGUUGUUUUUAAACACAAUCUGACACCUACCUGUUGCUUUGGAAUUUUCUUGACACCCCAAGGACGUUUUUCUCUUUGUCGUGGGCAGAUGGCGCCACCUACAGUUAAGAAGCGUCUGUUGGAAUUUUAGGAGCCUAUUUACACUUUGUUUCUAUGUCAACACGCUUUUAACAGAACAAUACAUGUGUUGUAACCUGAAGAGUAAAAAACAAACAAACAACAACACUCUAUAUAGGCCUAUAAGUGCAAUCUAAUGUUUAACUAGCUAUUUUUAUUUAGUUUGAUUUAACAGUGCAAAUUGUUCACAAGCUUUUCCACAGAUAACCUUCUUCCAAGAAAUCCAUUAAAUGCAAUCAAACACAAAGCAUAAAUUUUUUUAAAUAAUUUUUUAAACGGUUUAUUACUUUAAAAAACUGUGUUACAUCUAUUUGUAGUCAAGACUCUAAAAAACGUUUAAACUUUAAAUUGGAAUGGAAACAUGUAGCCUAAAUAAGCUUUAAACUUGUGAGACAAGGUGACUAAAUGAGGUUAAUGUGUUUUUAUGUGGAGCAAAAGUAAAAAAGUUCUUACAUAUUUUGCAUGAAAUAAAGCGUAGGUCUAUUUAUACUGCAUGUGUAAAAUUGUCUCUUGUUUGUCUCUUGUUGUAAAAUUGUCUAUUGUCUCAAGCUUUAUUCUUGUACUUUUUGUAUUAAUCGAUAGUUCAACUAUUCUGCUUUGGUUGACAAAUAAAUGCCUUUUAAAAUAAUGUUGUUGUUUUUUUGUUUGUUUUGGUUCAUUUCCGUUUUUUAAUCUUCCCAUUUUUUCCCAUAACUUUACUUUAUUAAUCUAAAUAAGUAAGAGAUUAUGUACACUCUUUGGUUAGACCGCCCUCAUGUGUCGGUGCCAUUGAAUAGCCGGGAAACGUCACUUCCGUUUGGGGUACGAGAAACGGAAGUGAGGUUCUUUUGUUUUGAAAGAGGAAAAUUCAAAAUCGGACGUCGUUAAAGUAAACACAAAAAUGAACGGACUACCUUUAUUUUACUUGAAAUGAGCAGCGAGUGAUUUCUUCGACAAUAGAUGUAAACUGAGUUGGUUUGAGGAUGAGGAAGAAGACGAGGGGGCCGAAGGCGACCACUGUCCUGCAGGACUGCUGUGUGCUGUGCAGAAUCAACGACGACGACCCAGCCUUGUUCGGGGAAAAGGUCACGCUCGAACAGCAGAAACUAACCGUGCACUACCUCUGCCUGCUGACGUCCUGUGGCGUUUACCAGAGAGGAAAAGAAAACGAGGGGAUCUUGGGUUUCCUGGUGGACGACAUCAGACAGGAGGUGCGCAGGUCUUCCCAUCUGACGUGCGUUUCCUGUAAGAAGAAGGGGGCGUGUGUCGGCUGCAAUGUCAGAAGCUGCAGACAGAUGGUCCACUUCCCCUGUGGGAGGAACCUCAGCUUCAUCUCUCAGUUUACGGAGCCUUUCCCGUCGUACUGCAAGAACCACGCUCCUUCCCAGUCUCUCAGUGUGGAUCCAAACAUCAGCCUGCCUCAGUCCUGCUCCGUCUGUCUGGACUCCUUAGACCCGGUUCUGUCCUACUCGGUGCUCAAGUGUCCGUCCUGCCACGCCAGCUGGUUCCACAGAGACUGCGUGCAGCGUCAGGCCUUCAGCGCCGGCCUCUUCUUCUUCAAAUGCACUCUGUGCAACAACAAGGACCGCUUCCAGCAGGAGAUGCUCCGGAUGGGGAUCUACAUCCCAGAGAGGGAUGCCUCAUGGGAGUUGGAGUCCGAUGCGUAUUCAGAUCUUCUAGAAGUUUACAAGCACUGCGACUCUCCGUCCUGCCUGUGCGAACACGGACGCUCGCACUCUUCCAUCCGCGGCUGGUUCGAGGUUGUCCGCUGUUGCCUGUGCGGAUCCAGAGGGACCCACCGGAAGUGUUCUGGACUGACGCUGAAAACCACAGACUGGGCCUGUGGCGACUGCACCCAGGCCACCGACGGGAAAGCCUCUUUGGUGACCUCACCCCAGGUUGUUCAGAGGAGGAGUCUGGUUUCCAAACGCCAUCGCUCCCCCAUCCACUCCCCCAUCAGCUGCAAAAGACCGACCUUAUCUGACAAAUCUGGAUCGCCGGAGGAGCUUCUUCAGAGUUUAGGCCCUCAGCUUCACCCUGGUGUUGCCCAGGUGGAGGUGGAUGGGGACCAGGCUUUGUCUGCUGGGCUGGACCUGGUCAGGAGAGCAGACUUUGACGCUACACACUUACUGUCUGUCAAGUUCAACAAUGUGCAGCAGACUGGGCCCCCCAGCAUCGUGCAGGACGCAAACACAGCCAGACAGUACUUCCUGAAGCUGCUGCACCAGCAGAUCCAGGACUCUGUGGUGUUUGAGGGUCCGUGUGGAUCCAAGAACCUGGCUCUGGACGCUCAGGCUCUCCGGGACGAUCUGUACUUCGACGUGGGCUGUCUGCUGGCGCUGUGUUUGGUUUACGGCGGUCCUCGUCUUGGUUUCUUUUCCCCCGGCCUUUACCAGUGUCUGUUCAACUACCCGCCAAACUGCCCCCUCACUGUCGGCCACAUGACCCCCGGGAGCCACUUCACCCAGCAGGUCAAUCGGAUCUCAGAGGCCAAGUCUUUGGAGGAGCUGCGAGGCGUACUGGAGGAGAGCUGGGAGUUUCUGCAGCUGGCCGGCUGCAGCCGACCCGUCAGCAGCCUGGAGGACAACCAGAAUCUGGUGGAGGACCUGGUCAGCUUCACCAUGAUCACCAGGAUGCAGCUGCCGCUGCAGAGGUUCCGGGAGGGUCUGCAGACUCUGGGUGUCUUUAAACAGGUCCAGCUCCACCCGUCUGUGUUUUACAACAAAUUCUGUGAAGCUGCGGUUCCCCUGACGGCUCAGACGCUCGGCCAGCUCUUCAGCGUCCACUUCUCCAAGCAGGAGGCCAAGCUGAACCGAGAGAUGGUCGUGGUCACCUUCUGGAGACACUUCCUGCUGGAGUGUGAAGUUGGAAGGUGCUCCGUUUCGCUGCAGGACGUCCUUCGCUUCUCCACCGGAGCGGAGGAGCUCCCGGCAGCCGGCCUCCUACCCGCUCCUGCCGUUUCCUUCCUUCACCAUCCAGAAUCUUCUGCGCCAGGACCCAAAGAGGAGGAGAAAUGGAGCGAUGAAGGCCUGUUCCCCCAGAGCAGGCCCGAGUCCAGAAGCCUCCACCUGCCCAUCACCUCCACCUACAAAGCAUUUAAGAGCUGCAUGGAGCAGGCCAUCAGCCACCACGUUCACCUGCUUCCAGCAUAGACUAAGAGGAUAAUGGAGGAACUCAAAAACAUUUAUUUGGGUGGGUUUAAGUUUCUUGUACGUUAUCAGGCUGAUGGAACACCUGUAGAUGUUCUGCUGAUCACCUGUUCAAGGAUCAAACAUGUUCAGUCCAGAUGCAGUUGAGCGGGUUCAUCUUUUUUGGACCUCCAACCGUUAAAGCACUAAACUUUCAGUUCAACCAUGGAAAAAAAUCUCUAAUUAUGUUUGCAUUUUACUGUUCUGUCAUUUAACUUGUAAUUCUGAGCUGUUUUUUUUCUUCAAUGAAGCUGUUUUGUAUUUUUUUCUGAGCUCUUAAACUUUUAUUUUAACCGUCCAGCUCUGAAAAAAUGUUCUGAUGGUGCCAGAAGUACGGUGCUUUAUACUUUUGUACGGAUUUUUCUGUUUCCGUGUUUUAUCCUUCUGUUUGUCACAUUUUACUGUUCUUUGGUGUAUUUUCAAGUUUAGAACAUUAAGAAACAAAGUUUUUUUUCUUAA